CAGGUCGCCACGCUGCGAUAUCUCGAACUCGUCCCUCCGAACGAGUGGCGUGCACGAAAUCCGCGGUGUGAAGAAGCGACAUCCGGAUUUCCAUAUACAUUCGCGUGUAGAGGAGUGAGAGCACAUCGUUUCCGGCUUCGUCUUCUUGUCCGAAUCGGCCGCGAUGAGCAUCCAAACCGCAUUCCGUGGCGUCGCGCUUCCGAGCCUCACUCCCGCCUCCUCGUCGCCCCAUCGUCCCCCUCGUUUCAUGAUUCGUGCAGAAGUGGAGCCAUCUGAUAAAUCUGUUGAGGUUAUGAGGAAGUUCUCAGAGCAAUAUGCCCGUCGUUCAGGAACUUACUUUUGUGUUGACAAAGGAGUCACUGCUGUUGUUAUCAAGGGGCUUGCUGAUCAUAGAGACUCAGUGGGGGCACCUUUAUGUCCUUGUAGGCAUUAUGAUGACAAAGCUGCUGAAGUAGCACAAGGAUUUUGGAACUGCCCAUGUGUACCUAUGCGAGAGAGAAAGGAGUGUCAUUGUAUGCUUUUUCUCACACCUGACAAUGAUUUUGCUGGGACAGAGCAGGCUAUCACCUUCGAAGAGAUCAAGGAAACAACAUCCAAGAUUUAGCCACCUUUUGCUAUUCUGAGUAUCCUUAUGUAUCCACUAUAUUUGAUCAUUUAGCAACGAAGAAAACUGGCAUUCUUGUUUCCUGCUUUCAAUAUCUACUGUAAGGUAGAAAAAUUCUCAAGCUUGUAACCUUCUGCAAACAUGGUGGAUGUUGUGUUUAUAGUUCUAAGGAAUCUAUGAGCAUCUUGCCCUA